ACGGCGAACCUGACGACCGACCAGCCGCACCUUCUCGAGGCCGUCACGACACCAAACCAUCGCGUCUCGACGCUCCGGCUCACACCACGCGAGCAUGCGACGGUCCCUGCCCUUCCGCUCGUCGCGCCGCUGGUACGCUGGUUGACGUCUGGCCAUGCUCGCCACUUGUCGCUGACUCGAUUUGAUCUUCCGACGGACGCGGGUCUGGGCCACGCGCUGGCCACAUCGCCGGGCCUCUCCAGCCUCGAGUUGCUAUCGUCGGCGAGUGUGGUCAGCAGCCUUGCGGCUCACGACGGGCCGUUGCCGUCUCUGACAAAGCUCGACAUCGAUGGGUGUUUGCACGAGGACGUCGCGCGGCUCGUGGCGCGUCUCCCGCUGCGGCAGAUGAAGUCGCUCGUGAUUAAAGCCUCGCGGGUCGCAGGGACGAACGACCCGGACAUUGGCUACUGCUUCACCACCGCGCUGCACGACUUGUCGGCGCUUGAGCAUGUCGCGUUGAAGAACCUCCGCGUCUGGGGCUCGGACGCCCUCCGACCGACCACUGCGCCAUCGUCGACGCUCCGCACGCUUAAAUUCAACGACGUCAUCAUGUCCCAGGCCAGUCUCAAUGCGCUGGUUCGCUGGGCCACGAGCUCGAAGCGUCUCGCGUCGGUCUCGUGGAAGAAGUGCGCGAUCUUUGGCGAGAACACCAACUACGCGGCCACGACGCUGCAGCGGUGCAUCGCCGCUGGCGUCCGCCGCGUGGCUUUUCUUAACUGCGGCAUCAGCUCCAUGGGCCUCGAAGCGUUGGCUGAGACAUUGCGCGCGACCCACGUCCCAUGCGAGUUGACGCUCCAUCUCGAUGGCAACGACUUGGAUCUCGUUGCGGUGCGCGCGUUGCUCGAGGCCGUCGCGACGUGCACGAACGUGUGGGUCCGGCUCGGGCGCUUGGACAUCGUCAAUUGCCCAGCGGUCGCCGAGGCUGUAGCCGCUGGCGCCAGCUACAACACGGGUCCAUUGGAUACCUACCUCUAUAGUCCCGAAACAAAGGAGCAACAAGCUCGUUCUCGCUCGUUUAGCGUGAUCUCGCUCGAGUCUGUCUAA